AUGUCAAACGGAGAACUGGGACAUCAGUUGUUUUUCUUUCUUCAUUCAAUUGGAUUCAACCGAACUGACCUCGAUCCAUCACAUCUACCUUUGAAAUAUUCUGAAAAUAACAAUGCAAAUUUUGCGAAGAGAAGAUUGAGCAACAAGUUCAACCGAACGCAACCUCGAACACACGCACGUUCGCUUCCAUUCAGCGCAGCAGAAAAACGAAACACGCCGAACCCUCCGGCAGUAGUUGGCGAUGCAGUCUUCAAAAUUAUGACAUCGCAAAAUGCAAAGCAUGAAAAAGAACUGGUAGGUAGGAGGUAUUUAAUAAGCGGAAGAACAAACUGCAUCAAAACGCGAUCCAUCAAAGUGCUGUAA